AACUCUAUUUUAAUCUUCAAACCCGUCUUGACUCUCGUGUGUAGAGGACUUGUUUCUCAAAGAAUUGGCUUGGUAUUACUACUUUUUGAGUCCAAUACUUGUCUCUAAUUAGUGAUCAUUCAAAAUCUUGGUGCUUUCUUUGAGCGUCCAAUAAUGAAGUCAACAAUUCGAUUCGUUUCCUGUGGGAUUGUACUGGUCUUGAUCGUCCUGGUCACCAGUUCUCCAGUGCCCCAGGAAACACCGGCUAACGACAACGAUUAUGUGGAUGCUGUCGUAGUGAAGGCGACUAACGACGGGGAUGAAGAGGUGGCCGUAACCACCAACGAUGAUGACGACUCCGUUAAAAAGCCCAUAGAAGCUUUGGGUGGACUUAUGAAAGGGUUGUUCGAUUUGAUCCGUGGAUCCCUGACCGUAAUCCAAGGAGCGGCUAAAAACAUUCAGAAAGUGUCUGAAGAUCCGGAAGUAGCCAAAACCGUGGAUGGUCUGUUGAAAACCGGAGCAGCUGUAGCUGGUGGAGCCCUCAAAGCCGGUCAGCAGGCUUUUGAAAAUGCGCCUGAAGUGAUCGAGAGGAGUUCCCAGUUCGUUGGUGGCGUGGUCAAGACGGCCAAUGAGACCCAGCCUGUUUUGAAAAAGAACUUUGAGCAACUCCAAAGGUUCGGGAAAAUUGCUGGUGCCGCUUUGAGUGGGAUCUCGUCCGUGGUGAUCGAUAAUGUUCAAGGAUUCUUUGGGACAUUCAAUCGGCGUCUCCAAUGCAACAUGGAAUGCUCCGAGAAGAAUCUUUCCAGUCCAUCGGAGAUUGAAGAAUGCCAAGCGAGACUUUGUGAUGGUUUCAAUGCCAAGGAGUUCAAAUUUGACGAAUCAAAAGAGAAGGAUAGUGAUACUGAUAAGGUUUGAAUGAAAGCUGUCUAAUGAGAUGAUGUAGUUUCACUAAAAAGAGACAAAUUAGGAAAUCAAAAUAAUGCAAUGCGAAAUAAAAUUUCGAAUUUA